GGUGCGCGCGCGACCGGCUCAGUGCGGCUGGGCGCUCGGGGCAGGAGGAGUUCUAGGCGCUCAGCGCGGCGGGCGUCGGAGGCAGCGGGGAGUGGAGCGGAGCUGCCGGGGCCUCCCUAGGGCCGCAGCGGCAGCAGUUGGGCCCCCCGCCCCAGCCGGCGGCCCGCAGAGCGCAGGAAGGGGGCCGGGGGGACCCGCCCCCGGCCGGCCACAGUCAUGAACUCCAAUGUGGAGAACCUGCCCCCCCACAUCAUUCGCCUGGUGUAUAAGGAGGUGACCACGCUGACUGCUGACCCGCCUGAUGGCAUCAAGGUGUUCCCCAACGAGGAAGACCUCACUGACCUGCAGGUCACCAUCGAGGGCCCUGAGGGGACCCCUUACGCCGGAGGCCUGUUCCGCAUGAAGCUCCUGCUGGGGAAGGACUUUCCCGCCUCCCCGCCAAAGGGCUACUUCCUGACCAAGAUUUUCCACCCCAACGUGGGCGCCAACGGGGAGAUCUGCGUCAAUGUGCUCAAGAGGGACUGGACGGCGGAGCUGGGCAUCCGGCAUGUGCUGCUGACCAUCAAGUGCCUGCUGAUCCACCCUAACCCCGAGUCUGCCCUCAACGAGGAGGCUGGCCGCCUGCUCCUGGAGAACUACGAGGAGUACGCCGCCCGAGCCCGCCUGCUCACGGAGAUCCACGGGGGCGCCAGCGGGCCCAGCAGCGCCGAGGCCGGCCGGGCCCCGUGUGCGGGCGCAGCCCCCUCUGCUGACCCCCUGGCUCCCGGGGGUCCUGGAGGAGCCGAUGGCCCCAUGGCCAAGAAGCACGCGGGUGAGCGGGACAAGAAGCUGGCAGCCAAGAAAAAGACGGACAAGAAGCGGGCGCUGCGGCGGCUGUAGUGGCUCUAAUCCAGCCCUCCCCACCUCCCCCUCCCCGACACUGACCCCCAACUCUGUCUCUAAGUUAUUUAAAUUAUGGCUGGGGUGGGGGAGGGUAUGGGGGCACCGGGACCUGGAUUUGUUUUUCUAAAUAAAGUUGGAAAAGCA